AUGGGCACCCAUCAGCAGGAAAAGACCAGAGAAAAAGCUGUAGGAACCAGGCAUGAAGAAGGGAGGCUAAAAGUGGAAGGAAUUGGAAAAGAAUUAAGGCAAGCAGCAGCAAAGCAAGUGCAGCAACCAAGUACAGCUCCUGCCUCACCACCUUCAGCUUCCUCCUCUCCCUCUCAUGAAUUCUCCUUCACAAUCUCUCUCCAUUCUUCUUCCACAUCAAUCCCUGAUCAUCAUAACAAGGCCAAAUCCACCCCACCUUCUUUUGCCAUUGAUUUGUCCCCUGCAGAUGACAUUUUCUUCCAUGGCCACUUGCUUCCUCUCCAAUUGCUCUCUCACCUUCCUGUCUCUCCUCGCUCAUCAACCAACUCUCUGGACAGCUUCACUCUUCCCAUCAAAUACUUAUCAGAUGAUGAUCAGAGACCAACCAAAGAAAGCAGCAACAAUGCUAACAACUGCAGCACCAGCAUUGGCAGGAACAAGAACAUCAUCAACAACAAGAACAACAGCUGCAGCAGCAUAAACCAGAGAAGCCCACAUCACAGCAACAAAAGUGAGGCAAGGGGAAGAACAAAGUCCAAGUCUUUCUCAUUAUUCGGGUUACCGAAAUGGCGAAAAGAUUGUGAAGACAGAGAAAAAGAAGACAAGGAGAUGAAGCACAAGAGGAAGAUGAGGUUUGAUGUGAGCCAUAUACUAAAGAGGUAUGUGAGAAUGGUCAGGCCACUAUUGUUAUUCAGAGGAAGAAAAGAGAAGGGCCAAUUCCGGAGGCAACCUUAUUCGUUUUCGGGCAAUCUAAGCUUGAGAAAUAAGCAUGAGCUGAGAGGAAGGAGAGGAGAGCUUUCAGCCCCAGCAUCAAUGAGAACAUCUCCAACAAAUAGUGGCCUUCUUGUUGCAACAUCAGCAACUAAUCUUCCUUCUUCCACCAUUGACAGCACCAUGGAAGAGUUGCAGGCAGCAAUUCAAGCUGCAAUUGCUCAUUGCAAGAAUUCCAUUGCUAGUGCCACAGAAGAGAAGAUCAAAUGCUAA